UUGAGGAUAAAUUACUGGAACUAGUUCUGGAAGGAGGCAGAGGGAUCCUCUUUAUAUUAAUAUUUAUCUGUAAAUAAUGCACUGGUGAGGUAUUUGUAUGUGAGGCAAUGGGAAUAUCUAUAUAAUAUUAUAUACCUGUAGAUAAGGUACUAGGAUUAUUGAACAAAAGUAUCAACCUUGGGACCCUGCCUCUUUUACCGAACGUGACGAAAUGCAUACAGCUUCCGCUGCACUGGGAGUAGGUUCGUGGUUUCCUGCUGAAUAUCACGCUGGCUCCUGUUACUGUGAAGAUCACGUACAAUAGACGUCACUGCGUUUGUCAGUAAAGGGGAAACAUUAUAAGAAUAUCUGACAAAUUCAUCUGUGCUGAACAAGAAAAUGUCUGACAAGAACCAAACCUCAGACCUUCCUGAUGCACACAGAGGGCGUCUAGAGGAAAACCCGGGCACUGGGCUAUUAAAUGUGAAGGAAGAGGAUGAGACAGAUGCCGAUGAAUAUAACGCUGAUAUAGUGAAAGUUGAGAUAACAGAAGAUCUGUGUGUGAGGCAUCAGCUGGAAGCACCAGAUGAGGAAACCAAUGACAGCAUCAGCUCAGGUCGUAUGGAUGUGAUGCCUUCAGAUGGCUCAGUAGUUGAGUACAGAGGAGAACCGUAUGUGUGUGAUCACGUGAAGACUGAGGAGGAUGAAGUUCCUAUCAAUCCGGCUACAGGUGAUGUUAAGACUAAAGUCACACUUAAUGCUGAACAAACAAAUGAUCUGUGUGUAAAGAGUCAGCAGGAAGCUGUGGAGCAGGAAAUCAGUGACAAUAUCAGUACAGGUGAAAAUGAUGCUAAGAUUUCAUGUAACAUGGAACAAACAGAAGAUCAGUGGCAAAGAAAUAUGCCAGAACCAUCAGAGCAGGAAAUAUGUGACAAUAUAAGUAUAGGUAAAUUCACAAACUGCAGUAAUCCUAGUCAUGAUCAGAGUGCAGAUUGUGGGAAAUAUUUUCUUAAGAAAUCACAUCUUUUCAAACAUCUACAAAUGUAUACAGAAGGAAAAGGAUUUUCAUGUUCUGGCUGUGGGAAAUGUUUUAAUAAGAAAUCAAAUCUUAUUACCCAUCAGAAAAUUCAUACAGGGGAGAAAGCAUUUUCAUGUGCUCACUGCGGAAAAUGUUUUACUGUGAAAUCGACUCUUCUUGCGCAUCAGAAAACUCAUACAGGAGAGAAAAGUUUUUCAUGUUCUGACUGUGGGAAAUGUUUUACUCAGAUAGCCAAUCUUAUUAGGCAUCAGACAAUUCAUACAGGAGAGAAAGCAUUUUCAUGUUCUGACUGUGGGAAAUGUUUUACUCUGAAACAAACUCUUAAUAGGCAUCAGAAAAUUCAUACAGGGGAGAAAGGAUUUUCAUGCUCUGACUGUGGGAAAUGCUUUACUCAGAAAUCAAAUCUUAUUAUGCAUCAGAAAAUUCAUACAGAAGAGAAAGCAUUUUCAUGUUCUGACUGUGGAAAAUGUUUUGUUAGAAAAUCAAAUCUUAUUAUGCAUCAGAAAAUUCAUACAGGAGAGAAAGCAUUUUCAUGUUCUGACUGUGGAAAAUGUUUUACUCUGAAAUCAACUCUUCUUAAGCAUCAUAAAACUCAUACAGGAGAGAAAAGAUUUUCAUGCUCUGACUGUGGGAAAUGUUUUACUCAGAAAUCAAAUCUUAUUAUGCAUCAGAAAACUCAUACAGGGGAGAAAGAAUUUUCAUGUUCUAAUUGUGGGAAAUGUUUUAAUCGGAAAUCAACUCUUAUUACACAUCAGACAAUUCAUACAGGGGGCAAAGGAUUUUAAUGUUCUGACUGUGGAAAAUAUUUUACUUGGAAAGUAACUCUCUUUUUAGGCAUCAGAAAACUCAUAUUAAAAGAAAUCGGGAGCUUAACCUCCUAAGCAGGGCCGCCAUCAGGGGGUGACAGGGGUGACUCCUGUCAGGGGCCCAAUGGGCCAGGGGGGCCCCAUGAGGCAAGAACUAAAAAAAAAAAAAAUUUUUUUUUUUUUAUUUAAAUUUUGGCAGCCACUAGUGGGUACUACAGCAGAGUGCUAAUUGAGCAUGGGAAAUGUUAUUACAAGGAAUAAAGUAUUAGCAUUUGAGAGGAUUUCUGAGUGUGCACUAAACCACUAUGCACAGUGUGAGACAGACUUGGCGCUUUGUUUGUACAGUGUGUGCCUGACAGACGCAGGUCACUUUCAUUUGCAGAGGAGGUAGGACUUACUUAGCAAAUGUUUUUUAUUUCUUUGUGCAAUUUCGGAUUGCAACUUCAGUGUGGUAGUAGUUGUUUGGUGGGGCCAGGGGUCCAUAAAAACAAUUUUUUUAGCA